UUUCUACUCUCAACGGAAAAGACGAAGAGAGAGAGAGAGAGACGAAGAGAGAGAGAGAGAGAGAGAGAGUGAGAGAGGGGGUAGAAGCUUCCAAGGAUCUUGAACAAUACAAUAUGGAAAAAAGUCGCUUUCGUCUACGGUAAUCUCACUCAUAAUUCAAAGAUUCUCCUAAAAUAAGAAAUCCACCACCAUUACUCCUCAUAUUCCCAAAAUCAACCCUAUUGAUUUCACCGGUUUCCUCUCAGGCGGGCGGCCCCCUCCACUUUUCCGACGGGAAGAUAAGAGGGAGUUGCUUCUCUGCUCCGAUCCGAUCUAGGGUUUUUUUUAAAUUCGUUCUUUGACGGAGAAAUUGGGGGAGAAUGGGAAUUGUUUUCACGCGCCUGUUUUCGUCGGUGUUUGGGAACAAGGAAGCUCGGAUCCUAGUCCUCGGCCUUGACAAUGCCGGAAAAACCACCAUUCUCUAUCGACUUCAGAUGGGUGAAGUAGUAUCAACUAUUCCAACAAUUGGGUUCAGUGUGGAAACGGUGCAGUAUAACAACAUAAAGUUUCAAGUCUGGGAUCUCGGUGGGCAGACUAGUAUCAGGCCAUAUUGGAGGUGCUACUUUCCUAAUACUCAAGCCAUAAUAUAUGUUGUCGAUUCAAGUGAUACGGAUAGGCUGAUGGUUGCCAAAGAAGAAUUUCACGCAAUACUUGAGGAGGAAGAGCUUAAAGGUGCUGUUGUCCUCUUAUAUGCAAAUAAACAGGAUAUUCCGGGUGCAUUGGAUGAUGCUGCAAUAACGGAGUCAUUGGAACUGCACAAGAUUAAGAACCGGCAAUGGUCUAUUUUUAAAACUUCUGCCAUUAAAGGCGAAGGCAUCUUUGAGGGCUUAGACUGGUUGAGUAAUACACUCAAAACUGGAGGUGGCUAAUAUUUUUUUCGACGAGAAUGGGAUUGAUUUGUUUUCAUCGAAGAAGAUCAAGAAAAUUCCGAUAACUGCUACGGUUUGCGGUGAGAUUUCAUUAGGGCUUUGUCUGGGGAGAAACAUAAAACUAUAUCUUCGGUUUUUACCAAUAUAUAUACCUGAAUGCGUAGAUCAAGUUUCUAACCCCUUCGUUUA